GAGUCCAUCAAGCGUGUGAGUCAGGAGUCUGUGUAACCUUAUAGCAGAGUCACAGCAGAUGACCGUUCACCGAUGAAAUGGAACCUGAAGGCCGCGCAAGGUCAGGGCUAAUCGUAGUAGUAGGCGAGGUCCGCGUUCUGAUUGGCGGAGCAGCAACCAAUCAGGCGGGACAAAUUCUUCGGGUAACCAGUACUCAUCGAGCGACGAAGAGUGUGGCGUCAGAAGCAGUGGGCGGGGCUACCGGGCCUCACAGAGAACAGACCACAUAGGGGCCACCUUUCAGCUCCUCCACCUGGCUCCUCCCACACGUGAGCGCGGCAGUAAUCGGUCGCGCGCCACCACGCCCCUCAGCCACGCCUCUGACCCUGAGCUAGCAGACCCGCCCUCCCUCCACGACGCCGCCCACGCCAACCACAACAAUCUGUCCCAUUACCGCGCCCAGUACGCCACGCCCUCUGUCGGGGGCGUGGGCGUGGUAGGUUCUGUGCCCGGGGACACCAGCUCCGCGGCCGUCAUGAACCAGCUGGGGGCAGGUCACGGCCAUUACUACCAGGAGAUACCCCAGGGUGGCCUCCACUAUGCCAACCACCUCGAUGAGUACGACUCCCCCGUGCUGAAGGGGAGUCGUAAGUUCCCCCAGGGACGGCGGAUCCAGGCUGGGGGGUCGUCGCUGUCGUCGUCGGACAACAACUCAGACACUACUUACGCCGAGAGCGACAUUAACUCCAGUCUGAGAGCCAAGAUGGCCGCCCUCGAUAAUGACGCGUCCGGCACGCCCCCAGACCCGGCCCCGCCAGAGAUCCCUGUCCGGGGUCCCUCCCACCACCACCCACUUCUGGCCGCCUCCAGGAGGGCUGGCGGCGUCCCUCCACCCUCCUCCACCAACAACACGGUCGUGGCUCCUCCCUCCCCCCACUACCAGGACCACCACCCUGACGAUACCUACCAGCAACCUAACUCCAACGUCUUCCUCUCGCAAGUUUUCAAAUCAGAGUACUUGAUGAGUGGCAGCAGUCCGCGGUAUGGGACUGGGACGGCGCCCAAGUCACCUGGUGCUGGAGGUGCUAUGCUCUACGGCUCCACUCCCUCCGCUGACUACCUCUCCGUCAACAAUACCCAGCCCAGGUUGCUAGGAACCCUGAGCUCGCAGAAGGGCUCUAUCGCCCCUGGAGGAGGAAACCUGACGGCCCUACCCGCGGUGAGGAAUGACCUGGCCCUGGGCUCGGCGGCUUCGUUCUCCGGGCGGGGACUGCACCUGGGCAAGACGUGGCGGGAGAGGUGUUCCUGGAGGUGUGCCGCCAUAGGCCUCAUCAUCUUCUCCGCCACCCUCGCCGCCCUCCUCGCCUGCUUCAUCGCCAUGGCCAGCCUGGACAGCGGUACUAAGGGUUGCAUCGUGGUGGAAGACGCAGCCAAAGUCACUGCCGCAGGUGCUGAAACGAACAACGCUGAGACCACGACCCGACCUACGCAAACGUACUCACCGCCAUUGACCACCACCCUGGCUCGGCCGCCCAAACCAGACACGGGCGGCACGGAGCUAACACGCCUACGUGACCUGAACCGACGCUACGUGAACAAGAUCGCUCCUAGAGGCUACUGGAACGCCCAGUUUGAAGUGAAGCAACCCACGUUCAUGAGGUUCAACUUGACUGUGCCACGGACGGCGCACCUGGCCAUCUUCGGGAGGAGGAACGUGGCGCCCACCAUCACCCAGUAUGACUUUGUCGAGUUCAUUAAGAGCGGCCGGCCAGGACGGGCCAAGAGGGAAGCCAAGUGGGAUCCCAGAACAGGUACUAGCGAGGCAGGUGACACUCCUGAAGCGGUGACGUCGCCCUCAGACACACUACAGGACGUGAUCGAGGUUUACCCUUACCUCCGUGGCCACCACCUCGACCUCGACCACGCUCUCAAGGACGAUCUAGAUGAUCUCCUGAAGACGAAAUCAGAGACGGAGGCCAAGAACACACCUGAAUCUUCGACGGGGCCGCAGCAGGAGGAGGAGGAGGAGGUGGUCGAGGAGCCUCUAGCACUGCCGGCACUCUCCAGGCCGCGGCUUGCACAUUCGACCACGGGGUGAACGUCAGCCUGGUGGAGUACCUGGACACCGGUAUGGGUACCUGGCCAUCUACAACGACGGCAUUGGGUGGAAGCAGGUGGAGCUUCAUCUAGGGGAGGAACCUGACCUCCAAUCAGCGUGUCCCAGCGACUGUACCAACCAUGGGUCAUGUGUGCUUGGUCGUUGUGAGUGCCUGCAGGGAUGGGUCGGCGAGACUGCUCAAAUAAGUG